UCCUUCCCGUCAAAUCUAUCUAUGUAGCUAGCUACGUUGUCACUGUAAAAAUAAAAGGGUUGCUGAGAUGCUGAGUUUUUGGUUAUCCGAGUUCUGAAUUCUGAAUCCUUUCCCAAUUCCCACUUGCGAGCCCACUCUAGUGCCCAUUUCAUGUCAUGCAUUGCUCACUAGAUUCAGCUACAUAAUAGCUACCUCACCACACGCUUUCAAGUUUCCAACGCGCAUAGACACACAGACCCUCACCAAAAUAGUUAUAUCCUAGUACUCUCGCUAUUAUUUCGCUCUCAUUCUGGGUUUAAAGGUAGGGUUUAACGGAGGGUAGUAACUAGAAAUAAAGUUUAUAAUUUUUAAGAAAAGAGAAGAGAGAGAGAGAGAGAGAGGAGGCAAACCCAAAACCAAAAAGACGUGGUCUUUCUCAUUCAUAUAUACAUACACAGAUCCCUAUGGAAUGAAGUGGGUGCUCCCCAAUCUUCGCUCGUCGAGAAUUCAUUCCUUUUGCUUAUAGUUUUGUUGUGUUUGGAGAGAGACACAUUUGUGUUUUGUGGUGAGCGCAUAGAACGAUGAGUUUGGUUGGUAGAGGAGAAAAAAACUUUACAUUGUUGUUGUAGCAACUAGCAGCACAACAAAAAUCCAAGUCUUGAUGUGCUGAGAUUUUUAUUCAACGUGAUGAUUAGUUUAUUUGCCGAGCAAUCAUUGCCUUGCCUUCCUUACUGGUAGCGAGCGAUUACAUACCUUUUCGAGUAACCAAAAAGAAAAAACAAAAGCAACAAGAUGAAGGGCAUGAAUGAGAGUAACACCGAUGAUGGAAACAAUCAUAACUGGUUGGGCUUCUCUCUCUCACCCCACAUGAAAAUGGAGGCUACUUCAGCCACUGUUUCCAACGCCGCGGUUCCGACAAGCUUCUACAUGUCUUCUCCUCACAUGUCCAACUCCGGAAUCUGUUACGGUGUUGGGGAAAACGGUAACUUUCAUUCUCCUCUUACCGUAAUGCCCCUCAAGUCAGAUGGCUCACUUUGUAUCUUGGAAGCUCUCAGUAGAUCACAAACGCAAGUGAUGGUGCCAACUUCCUCUCCAAAAUUGGAGGACUUCCUAGGUGGUGCAACUAUGGGAACUCACGAAUAUGGUAGCCACGAGAGAGGGGCAAAUGCAAUGGCUCUGAGCCUAGACAGCAUGUAUUAUAACACUCAAAAUGUAGAGGCUCAACCCAACAGAGGCUUUCUUUCAGAACCCUUCAGGCAACAAGGGCAUAUGAAUGUCCAAACACACCCUUAUUAUUCAGGACUUGCUUAUUAUCAAGCGCCGUUGGGGGAACAAAGUCAACAAACCAAGGUAACACAAGUUUCGGUUUGCAGCUCCCUAAUGCCUCAAAUGACAGAAGAAGGUUUAAAAAACUGGGGGGCUCCAAGGGAUUAUUCAACUACUCAUCAACAGGGUCUGGAGCAGCAAAUGAACUGUGGUGGCACCACUCUUGGAAGUGUUGGGUGUGGAGAGUUACAGUCUCUAAGCUUAUCUAUGAGUCCUGGUUCUCAAUCUAGUUGUGUCACUGCUCCUUCUGGAACAGAUUCUGUGGCUGUGGAUGCAAAGAAAAGAGGACAUGGUAAGAUGGGUCAGAAGCAACCAGUGCAUAGGAAAUCUAUUGACACAUUUGGGCAGAGAACUUCGCAGUAUAGAGGAGUCACAAGGCAUAGAUGGACUGGGAGGUAUGAAGCGCACUUGUGGGAUAAUAGUUGCAAGAAGGAAGGGCAGACUAGGAAAGGAAGACAAGUAUAUUUGGGGGGUUACGAUAUGGAAGAGAAAGCUGCAAGAGCCUAUGAUCUCGCGGCUCUCAAGUACUGGGGACCUUCAACGCACAUUAACUUUGCGAUAGAAAAUUACCAAGUUGAACUUGAAGAAAUGAAGAACAUGAGCAGGCAGGAAUACGUUGCACACUUGAGAAGAAAAAGCAGCGGAUUUUCAAGGGGUGCUUCGAUAUACAGAGGGGUCACUAGGCACCACCAACAUGGAAGAUGGCAAGCAAGAAUAGGCAGAGUUGCUGGGAACAAGGACCUUUACCUAGGAACAUUCAGCACUCAAGAGGAAGCAGCAGAAGCAUACGAUGUAGCCGCGAUCAAAUUUCGCGGCGCAAAUGCAGUCACAAACUUUGACAUUUCAAGAUACGAUGUUGAGAAAAUCAUGGCCAGUAGUAAUCUUCUUGCUGGGGAGCUCGCAAGGAGAAACAAAGAUAACGAUCCAAGAAACGAGGCCAUUGAGUACAACAAGGGUGUAGCAACAAGCCAUAGCAACGUUGAAACGGUUCAAGCAAGAAACAACAACAAUGAAAAGAAUUCUGAGUGGAAAAUGGGUUUGUUUAAUCAGACGCCACAUGGCUGUGACCAAAAAAUAAUGCACUGCGGAAAUUAUAGAAACAGUGCAUUCUCUGUGGCCCUACAAGAUCUCAUUGGGAUUGAUUCGGUGGAGGAGUCUAGCAAGAUUGGGACUCAUUUUUCAAACCCGUCCUCGCUGGUGACCAGUUUAAGCAGCUCAAGAGAGGCUAGUCCUGAUAAAACGGGUCCCUCGCUUCUGUUUCCAAAACCACCGAUGGAAACAAAGAUUGUGAACCCCAUUGGUACCACUGUUGCUUCUUGGUUACCCUCACCAACGGUUCAAAUGAGGCCACCUCCUGCUAUUACUUUGUCUCACUUGCCAGUUUUUGCUGCAUGGACUGAUACCUGAAAAAGAGAUACAUCUGCUUCAUUUUUCAUUAUCAUGUAAUGCGGCUAAAACAUACUUUUGGUCUCACCUUAUAUUUUUUUUCUUCAAUUUAGGUUAUCUAAGUUUUAAGUUUUAAAAAAAUCCCUUUGGUA